AAAUUCGAGUUAAUGAAAUGUUUGACAUUCCGCCUGCAGGGAGAUAAAUGCGACCGCCAUUAAAUGUUUUCAAAUAUCUGUCUUUUCAGAGGCUGGGUUGGAAGCACGUCAGAUGGUGGGAAGGCUGUAAUAUGUCCUCUCCCUCACUGCUCUCUCCAGCUUCCAGCAAUGCAUUGACCCGCUUGUCUGCAGUUCAGCUUUUAACUGGGUUCGACAGCAGCUCUGUGCCAUUUUGAGAAAUUCCAGGGUUUAGUCUUCUCUCCCUCUCUGUGAGCCGCGGCGUUUCAUUGAGGAACAAAAACUGGAGAAGCGACCGCGCUUUAGAAACUUUUUGGAUGAUUAGUACAAAUGUAUAUGGACAGAAGCUGCUGGGGCCCGAGUGAUAUUGGAGACUUGACAUUUGAUCCAGGCUAUACUGGAACCAGUCUUCCAGAAUAGUGAAAAGAGGAAUUACUUAUGAAUUAAACACAGCAUGUCUUCGCUGAAUUAUCCAAACUGGGUGACUUUUGAUGAUGAUUAUGGUUUCCAGUCACCAAAACAGUCCUUCAGUUCGGACAAUGAGCACAAGUCCAAUGGUCUGGUAUUGAGUCUUUCUUCUCAACAUGGUUUGUCCAGAAGAUCUGCCUCUGGCAGUAACACGCCACUUUCUUCACCAUUCACAAACUUUCCUUCCACGCCAAUGUCUGGACUUCAGACACCAAUCACAGCAAGUUCAUCCGGGGAUAGCUGUUUCUUUAAGUUUGAGGAUCUGUCACAAACCGAUCAAUUUAGGCCACAUAAUAAUGAGAAUGGAUACACCAAUCCAUUUUGGAAUCACAGUUAUAUUUCAAGCACUGGUGUUUCUCACUGUGAACAAGAAAGUAACCAGGCUCAUGAAAUCUCAACCACAAGCACAACAAACAAUUUUUUUCAUGGCCCCAAGCAAAUGAAUGGACCCCAGAAAAGUCGGAGUAAUUCCCCUCUAACUGUUCUUUGUCAAAAACAUGAAAAGGUACAAGCAGAUGACUUCCAACCUUCGAAGACAUUUUCAGAAAACAAACAACAUCAUGUUCAAAUAUCUUCACCUAAUGUUAGGAAUCUCUUCAGAAUUGGGUACAAAAAUGGUUGGCCUUUAAUGAUGAGGAUCCCUGAGAAGAAGAAUAUGAUGUCUUCCCGUCAAUGGGGCCCAAUCUAUCUGAACCUCCUGGCUGGGGGAGUUUUACAACUCUAUUAUGAACAGGGCCUUGAGAAACCUUUCAAAGAAUUUCAGUUGCAACCGUAUUGUAGGCUCUCAAAACCCAAGCUGGAGAACUACAAGGCAUCAGAAAAGAUCCACACAGUGAAGAUUGAACAUGUGUCAUACACAGAAAAACGAAAAUAUCACCCAAAAACCGAAGUCCUACAUGAAGCAGAGGUUGAACAGGUGUUGAAAUUUGGAACAACUGACUACAAGGACUUCACAGACUUCAUUGCUGCUGUUGAAGAGGAACUAAUGAAACUACCUCUCCUUACACAGCGCAGAAAGAGCUAUGAAGAACAAGAAAUGAUACUUGAAAUAACAGAUCACUUCUGGGGAAAAUUUUCAAGAGAAGGGAAAAUGAUUGAAGCUUCAGUGGUGACCCACGUUUAUUGUCUGUGCUUCAUUAAUGGCAAUGUUGAAUGUUUUUUGACUCUUAAUGAUUUACAGCUUCAAAGAAAAGACCGCUGUUACUUGAAAAAUGAAAUGGAUAGCACAUGGAUUCAGAUCUCUGACUACCGGGUUCAUAAGUGUGUGAAAGAAAAUGAGUUUGAAAAAUCUAGAGUCAUAAAAUUCACUCUGCCUGAUGCCUGUAGAUUGGAGCUGAUGCGUUUCAAAACAGUCUGUGACAAUCCUGAGCUUCCCUUUUUGUUAAAGGGUCUGGUCACAGUUCAUGGAGCCUACACAGAAUUGCAAGCAUUUCUAGUUAUGUCCGCUGCCUAUUCCAAUCUCCAAAACAGGCUGUCAUCUAUGUAUUGUGAAAAUGUGAUGAUCCGCUUUCCUGUUCCUCCAGCUUGGUUCAAGAUAUUUCGAACUGGGAAUCUCUUCAGACAGAAGUCCUUGAAGGCGAAGAUGAAUCGGAAUGCUCGAUUUGGCUCUGUUAGCACAACAGGUGGUGAACCAGUAAUGCAAGUCACCAUUGGUACAGCUAAGUAUGAACAUGCUUUCAAGGCAAUUGUCUGGAGGAUUGAUCGUCUACCUGAUAGGAAUGCAGCAUCUGACCAUCCACACUGUUUUUCUUGUAAACUUGAGCUGGGUUCAGAUCAAGAAAUACCUUCAGAAUGGAAGCCAGUCAUUGCUGUGGAGUUUGAGGUACCUGACACAUCAGCUUCCAAAGUGCAAGUGAAAUCAUUUGGAACAGAAAGUGAUAUCCAGCCAGAGAAGCACAUUCAUCGAAAAGCUCAAUACCACUACCAGCCCAGACUCUAUAAAUCUGUUAUUGAGGAUGUCAUCAGCAAUGUACAUGAUUUUUUCCUUGAGGAAGGUAUUGACGAUCAUGUUCUCAAGGAUCUGAAGCAGCUUUGGGAGAGCAAACUUCUGCAGUCCAGAGCGGUGGAAGGCUUUUUCAGGGAAAAUAAUCACCAGCAGAUCAUGUUGGAACUCCAGCAACAAAAAUCUCAUCAAACUGUGCAUACAUCAUCAGCUUCUAUUGUGAUUCCUGCUGGUAGAAGUGUUCAGAAUUUUACCUCUGCAGAUUUGAAUGCUUCAGGUGCUACAACUACUCUUGCAUUGCCUUCUGGCAUUGCUCUUCCAAUUCAGGUUCCCGCUGGAGUUACCUUGCAGACUGCUUCAGGUCAUAUGUAUAAGGUCAAUGUUCCAGUGAUGGUAACACAAAGUGCUGCAGGCCAGAAAUAUUUCCAGCAGCCUGUUCGUCAUUUCAUUCAGCAAGUAAAUCCAGUUACAGGGCAGACAGCUCUCUUCCAACAAAACUCUGUUUCUAGUCAAACACAUGUCAUUCAGCAGACUUCACAAGACCAAGCACCAACACUCCAACAAUCCAAUUCAGGUCAAGUUUCCACACAUCAGCAAUUGCUGACCAACCAAUCUUUUGAUGUAGCUAAUCAGUCUGUUCUGCAACAGCCUGGCAUAUCAAGACACGUAUAUAUUCAACAACAGGGUACAAUGAAACAGGUUGUUUUACAACACUCUGGAGUGGGAGUACAGACAGGGCCACCUAUUGUUAUUCAGAGACAGUCCAUAGCAAACACAGGAACGCUAGCACAACAUGUAAUAUCCACACAGCCAACUCAAAUGGAACAGUCUGUGGAAGAACAAGUGACCACUGGCCAGACUCAACAUCUGUUAAUUCAAAAUUCAGAUAAUGCUCUUCCAGCUCAUACACUUAUUGUACAAAACCAAGCACCUGAACCAAAUGAAGGAACAAACAUACCACAAUGUGUUUCUGAGCAGUGUGUAGUCCAACAGUUUACACCCCAGGUGAAUGAAACCUUGUUAAUGGUUGCCACCACAUCUGAGGAACAACCAAUCAAAGCUGAAGAGUCAUCCAUCCCACAGUUAGAUGGAACUAAUGAUACGUCUUCAGAUGAAGAAAUUGGUAACCUGCGGGAAGUGGAAGAAAAUGAUAUACUUGGAAUUAUUGAUGCUGAAGACCUUAAAGCUCUUGAAGGUUAUGAUGAAGAUGAUAGUUCUAGCCCUGACACCUCCAGUGAUGGCUCUGAUGAAGAACCUAAAGAAGAAAUUAUAGAAGAAGAUCCUUUAAAUUCAGGCGAUGAUGUGAGUGAACAGGAGGUACCUGAUCUAUUUGAUACAGAUAAUGUAAUUGUUUGCCAAUAUGACAAGAUUCACAGAAGUAAAAACAAGUGGAAAUUUUAUCUUAAAGAUGGAAUAAUGACCUUCAAUGGGAGGGAUUAUGUGUUCUCUAAAGCUGUCGGGGACGCAGAAUGGUAG